AUGUUCUUCAUUGGCAUAUCAAUCCCGUUUGUCGGCAUUCUAUUAGUGAUCUACCUUGGUUUAUCCAAUACUCGAAAUCUAAUCAUCCAUCAAUUCCUGAUAAGACGAAAACAACAACAGCAAACAAAGUUCAAGUAUGAUUCAUCAACUUCAUAUGUCACUAUCCCGAUGAUUUCAACAGCAUUAGAAGACGAUGAAGAUCUUAUGAAAUACGAUCUUUCAUCGAACUUUUCGGAAACCACAUCGAUCGAGUUACGCUUAGAACAAGAUCUUGAUUCUGACAACGAUAUUUAG